GUUAAGAGUGUCUUCCUAGAUUCGAAGUGUUUGUCGUGCUCAUGAAGAAUGGCAGAGGCGAUGUCUAUUAACCCGGACCUUUUUGUCUGUCCGAUUUGUUUGGAUCUACUGAAGGAUCCAGUGACUCUUAACUGUGGACACAGUUACUGCAUGGGCUGCAUUAAGGACUGCUGGGAUCAGGAAGAUCAGAAGGGAGUUUACAGCUGCCCGCAGUGCAGACAUACAUUCACCCCAAGACCUGUUUUAAACAAAAGUAAUGUUUUUGCUGAGCUUGUGGAACAGUUCAGAAAGACCAGAAUUCAAGGUACUGCUUCUCCUCAAUGUUUUGCUGGACCUGGAGAUGUGGAGUGUGACAGCUGCACCGGGAGAAAACUAAAAGCCGUCAAGUCCUGCCUGGUGUGUUUGUUGUCGUACUGUGAGACUCAUCUCCGGCGCCAUGAUGAACUAUUCUCAGGGAAAAGACACAACGUGGUUGAUGUCACAGGUCAGCUACAGGACAUGAUCUGCGCUCAUCACCAGAGGCUCCUGGAGGUCUUUUGUCGCACGGAUCAGAGCUGCGUCUGUUUGCUAUGUUUGGUAGAUGCACACAAAGGCCACGACACGGUCUCCGCUGCAGCUGAGAGAACGGAGAAACAGAAGGAGAUGGAGGAGACCAAGAGGAAACUCCAGCAGAGACUCCAGGAGAGAGAGAAGGAGCUGCUGGAGCUGAGGAAGGCUGUGGAGACUCUCAAGAGCUCUGCACAGACAGCAGUGGAGGACAGUGAGAGGGUCUUCGCUGAGAUGAUCCGCUCCAUUGAGAGAAGGCGCUCUGAGGUGACAGAGCUGAUCAGAGCUCAGGAGAAGGCUGAGGUGAGUCGGGCUGAAGGACUCCUGAAGAGACUGGAGCAGGAGAUUGCUCAGCUGAAGAGGAGAGAUGCUGAACUGGAGCAGCUUUCACACACAGAGGAUCACAUCCAUUUCCUCAAGAAUUUUCAGUCAGUCAGCCCUCUGUCUCAGUCUAAAGACUCAUCCAGCACCUCUGUCAGCCAAAGCUGGUCUUUUGAGGCUGUGAAGAAAUCUGUCUCCACACUGAAGGGGCAGCUGGAGGAUUUCUUCAAGCAGGAAGUCAUGAAGAUCUCUGCAGCAGUGUCUGAUGUCCAGGCUGUUUUGACUGAGCCAGUGACCAGAAAGGAGUUCUUAAAAUACUCCUGUCACUUCACACUGGAUCCAAACACAGCAAACAGUAACCUCCGUCUGUCUGAGGGGAACAGGAGGAUGGAGUGGAGAGAUGAGCUCCAGUCAUAUCCUGAUCACCCAGAGAGAUUUGCUUGGUGUUCUCAGGUGCUGUGUAGAGAGGGUGUGUCUGGACGCUGCUACUGGGAGGUGGAGUGCAGUGGGCAGGGGGUUGAAAUAGCCGUCUCAUAUAAAAGCAUCAGCAGGAAAGGAGCGGGUGCUGAGUGUGAUUUUGGACGUAAUGAUCAGUCCUGGAGUCUGCGCCGCUACAGCUCCAGCUCCAGCUCCUCUUUCUGGCACAAUGAUAAAGACACUAAACUCCCUCUAGUGGCCAGCUCCAGAAUAGGAGUGUAUGUGGAUCACAGGGCAGGAACUCUGGCCUUCUACAACAUCUCUGACACAAUGACCCUCCUGCACAGACUCCAGACCACAUUCACUCACACACUCUACCCUGGGUUUUAUAUAAACGCUAAAUCAUCAGUGAAGCUGUUAUAACACACACUGUAUAGUGCAGGAUAGAAAUGUAAAGAUCCCACAUACUGUACAGACAGAUGCUGUUAUCACACACACACACACACACACACACACACACACACACACACACACACACACACACACACACACCUCAUCAGCUGCCUGAGAUUCUGUGUUCUUGGGGAAAUGUGUUGAUGUGCCCAGUGUUUCACCCCUUCUGAUCCUCUCCCACAAUCCAUUUCCUCUCCCUCCAGCUCCCCCUAACCCUCCUUCCCCUCCCCCAGCUGUUCAGGCCUUUAGGCCCUCUGUGAUUAGACACACAUCUGAUGGAAAGUCUGAUAUGAAGCAAAUUAGAUUUCACUGACACAGGAAAUCUUUCCCAAUUUGUAUUCAACAAACUAUUACAAAAAUAAUGAAUAACAAUUGCCUCUACAUACAUGUAUUGUGUUUUACAAUGUUUUUUGUCAGAUUCACAUGUUAAUGUUAAAUGACUAAAUAAAUAACAAAUGCACACAUGAUCGCAUUUUCAGAAGUUAUUACUGAAUUUGUUUAUCUUAGGACAUGUGUGGAAAUGAUAACAAAAAAGAUCAUAUGAUGAAAACAAUAAACCUCUUGAAAGCAA